CUUUUGGGAUAUAAAAUCCAUCUUCCCUUCGUAUAAAAAUUGCAGGUCUUCAAUUGUUGAAAGAUAUAAAAGUCGAUGCAGUAAUCGGGCCUCAAAAAUCCUCACAAGCCAACUUCUUGAUGAAUCUUGGAGAGAGAGCGCAAGUCCCCAUAGUAUCUUUCUCCGCAACCAGCCCUUCUCUUCAACCUCGAACAAAUUUUUUUGUUCAAACAGCCCAGACAGACGACACUGAGGUUGGUGCCAUUGCUGCCAUUGUCAAAGCCUUCCAGUGGAAUCAGGUUGUGAUCAUUUAUGAAGAUUCAGAGUACGGUAAUGGUAUCGUUCAUUACUUGUCUAAUGCCUUGCAAGACAUCAAUGCUCGUGUUGCCUACAAGAGCCUCAUCCCUGUAUCAGCUCACGAGGAUUUUAUACUCAAAGAGCUGUACAAGAUGAUGACCAUGCAGACUAGGGUAUUCCUAGUACAUCUGUCGUAUUCUCUUGGUGCCAAGUUCUUUCUAAAAGCCAAGGCAAUAGGUAUGAUGAGUGAAGGCUAUGUCUGGAUCAUCACCAGUGGUCUUAUGGACUUGCUUUCCUCCAUGAAUUUACAUGUUGUGGAAGCCAUGCAAGGGGUAUUGGGAGUAAAGCCACUCAUUCGCAAGACUAGCAAUCUUGAUCCACUUAGAUUGCAAAAGACAAUCUUUGACCUUGCCAAUCCUGGUUAUAAACCAGCAGAUACUGUGAGCAAUUUUGAAGUAUGGGCAUAUGAUACUAUGUGGGCACUAGCUAUGGCUGCCGAGCAAGUUGGAACUCACUAUCCAGAAGCUUCAUAUCUGGACACAACUGCCGACCUCAAUUUUUCAGACCUAUUCAACCUUCCUAUCUCAAAAAGAGGUCCUAAACUUCUCAAAGCAAUUCUGACGACUAGGUUUAAAGGGCUUAGCGGGAUGUUCCAUCUCGUUGAUGGAAAAUUGUAUCCAACGUCAUAUAAAAUACUCAAUGUUGUUGGAAAUGGAGAGAAAGAAGUAGCAGUCUGGACACAGUCUCAUGGAUUAAAAAGUGUGAGACGCAACACUGUCGACAAAUUUAAUUCAACCAAAAAGGAGGAUUUCAGUAGUAGCAUCAUGUGGCCAGGGAAAUCUAGAGUGAUACCAAGAGGGUGGGAAGUUCCAGUGAGGGGUAAAAAGCUAAGAGUUGCAGUGGCAGUGAGACCUGGUUUUGAGGAAUACUUGAAUGUGAUGAGGGAUUCGAGGACAGGUGCUGUUCAUUUUGGUGGGUACUACAUAGAAGUAUUCAAAUCAGUGAUGGCAGCUUUACCAUAUGCAGUGCCUUACGACUUCUUUCACUUUGAGAAGCCAGAUGGCUCAUGUGCAGGGAGUUACGAUGAUCUUAUUAAUCAAGUGUUUCUUCAGAAUUAUGAUGCUGCCAUUGGAGAUAUUACAAUCACAGGAAACCGAUCAAACUACGUGGACUUCACUUUGCCAUUCGCAGAAGGAGGAGUGGUCAGAAUUGUUCCAAUUACCUAUGAGGAUGACAAUGGUAUGUGGACAUUCUUGAAGCCCAUGAAGAAAGAACUCUGGCUCACAAGUAUAGCCUUUUUCUUUGCUACGGGUUUAGCUGUUUGGAUUCUUGAACACAGAACAAGCUCAGCUUUUCGGGGUCCUCCUUCACACCAUCUUGGCAUGAUCUUCUAUUUUCCCUUCUCCACUUUAGUAUUCGCACACAGAGAAAGAAUGGUGAGCAAUCUGGCUCGUCUGGUUGUAGUAGUAUGGAUGUUCGUAGUACUCAUAUUGAACUCCACUUACACUGCUAGCCUAUCAUCAAGGUUGACAGUACAGAGGCUACGACCAGCUAUUGCAGAUGUGAAGGAACUCAUCAGGAAAGGACAUUCUGUGGGCUGUUACCAAGGCUCAUUUGUAUGUGAUACUUUAAGGGGGAUGGGUUUUAAGGACUCAAAGAUCAAGAUGUACAGCCUUCCAGAAGAUUAUAAAGAAGCUCUGUCAUAUGGAAGCAAGAGUGACAGCAUAUCAGCAUUUUUUGAUGUGGUUCCUUACUCCAAACUCUUUCUAUCGAAGUACUGUGACAAGUACACCAUUGUCGGCCCAACCUAUCGCACCGAUGGUUUUGCCUUUGUAAGCAUUAAAGCCUAUAAGCUCUACUUACUCUAGUCUCCUUGUAGUAUAUUUGACGACUAUGGUGUCUGGGCCAACUUGUGUGCACCUCGACUAAUCCACUCGAUACCUGCUACCUCCUACUAGCACAAGCAUCAAGUAACUUCGUCCACAACGGUUUACGCAUGUGGGAAGAAAUCAUCUAGUGUUUUUUGCCUCCACUAAAAUUUGAACCUAAGACCUCAUGAUACCCCAUCCCCUCCCCCACACACUUCGUUGACCCCUAGGCUUUCAUCCAUUUCCCCCUCGUAGUAU